AUGAUAAAUUUUAAAGAAUUAGUGUUUUCAUUUUGGGCUCAAGUAAUUGGAACCCAUAUAUUAAUAGAUUUUAGAGACUUAAAAACCCUAUUAAUAAAACACCAAACCUAUUCAAUAGAAAAGAAAAUUGAUACCAUAUUUGUCUAUGAUCUCAUAAUAUUCUUAUGUUUUAGAAAUAUAGUAAAGAAGCCGUAAAUGGAUUGCUGUAUUCAAAUAAAUUUUCAAAAAUACUACGAAGACAGGAAAAGAAUUGAGGAGAUAGAAAUUUUACAUAGAAUUUAAAAGUAGUAUUAAGCUUGGAAACAACAUUGA